GCCGCCGGGGAGGGCGGGCGGCGCAGGGCUAUGAGUUAAAGUGCCGCCGCCGCCGCCCCGCCGAGUUCGGGCUUUUCCUCCCCGGCGUUCCCCCCUCCUCCCAUCCCUCGUACCGACAGCCGCCCCUCCCGGGCCGCCCCCACCCCCGCCAGCCGUGCCUGUCCCAGGGCCGCCCGCGCCAUGCCGUCCGUGCCGCUGCCGCCCAAGGAGAGCAACCUCUUCAAGCGGAUCCUGAAAUGUUAUGAACAAAAACAGUACAAAAAUGGACUCAAGUUCUGCAAGAUGAUCCUUUCUAACCCAAAAUUUGCUGAACAUGGAGAGACUCUUGCGAUGAAAGGACUGACCUUGAACUGCUUAGGGAAGAAGGAGGAAGCGUACGAAUUUGUUCGGAAAGGACUUCGUAAUGAUGUGAAGAGUCACGUCUGUUGGCAUGUCUAUGGUCUUCUGCAGCGUUCAGAUAAGAAAUAUGAUGAAGCCAUCAAGUGUUACCGGAAUGCGCUCAAACUAGAUAAAGAUAACCUACAGAUCUUGAGAGAUCUCUCUCUGUUGCAGAUUCAGAUGAGGGAUUUAGAAGGAUAUAGAGAGACAAGAUACCAGCUGCUUCAACUGCGCCCCACACAACGCGCUUCCUGGAUUGGAUAUGCUAUUGCAUACCACUUGCUAAAAGAUUAUGAUAUGGCCUUAAAAUUACUUGAAGAGUUUAGGAAAACCCAGCAGGUUCCUCCUAACAAAAUAGAUUAUGAAUACAGUGAACUGAUUUUAUAUCAGAAUCAAGUGAUGAGAGAGGCAGAUCUUUUUCAGGAGUCUUUAGAACAUAUAGAGACCUAUGAAAAGCAAAUAUGUGAUAAAUUAAUAGUAGAAGAAAUCAAAGGAGAGAUGUUACUGAAGUUAGGAAGACUGAAGGAAGCUGGUGAAGUAUACAAGGAGUUAAUUGAGCGUAAUGCAGAAAACUGGUAUUAUUAUGAAGGCUUGGAAAAGGCCCUACAACCCAGCACUUUAGAAGAAAGGCUUCAGAUUUAUGAAGAAGUUAGUAAAAGACAUCCCAGAGCAGUUUCACCUAGAAGAUUACCUUUAAACUUUGUUUCAGGUGAAAAAUUUAGAGAACUAACGGAUAAGUUCCUGAGGGUUAACUUCAGUAAAGGCUGCCCACCCUUGUUUACCACUUUGAAAUCUUUAUAUUACAAUCCAGAAAAGGUUUCUACAAUCCAGGAACUUGUUACUGGUUAUGAAGCCUCUUUGAAAACUUGUGACCUUUUUAGUACAAGUGAAAAUGGAGAGAAAGAGCCCCCAACAACACUGCUUUGGGUUCGGUAUUUCCUGGCACAGCACUUUGACAAACUUGGCCAGUGUUCUUUGGCCUUGGAUUACAUUAAUGCUGCAAUUGCAAGCACUCCAACAUUAAUAGAGCUAUUCUAUUUAAAAGCAAAAAUUUACAAGCAUGUAGGUAACAUCAAGGAAGCUGCCAAAUGGAUGGAUGAAGCACAGUCUUUGGAUACUGCAGACAGAUUUAUCAAUUCUAAAUGUGCUAAAUACAUGCUGCGAGCAAAUAUGGUGAAGGAUGCAGAGGAGAUGUGCUCUAAAUUCACAAGGGCAAGAACUUCUGCAAUGGAGAACCUUAAUGAGAUGCAGUGUAUGUGGUUCCAGACGGAAUGUGCUGCAGCUUAUCAAAGGCUGGGCAAGUACGGUGACGCCUUGAAAAAAUGUCAUGAAGUAGAAAGGCAUUUUUUUGAGAUAACAGAUGAUCAAUUUGACUUCCACACGUACUGCAUGAGAAAGAUGACUCUCCGUGCCUAUGUAGACCUUCUGAGAUUAGAAGAUGUGCUCAGGAAACAUGCCUUCUACUUCAAGGCUGCCCGAUCAGCAAUUGAAAUUUACUUGAAGCUCCAUGAUAAUCCUCUUACCAAUGAAAGCAAAGAGCAAGAAGUGAAUUCAGAAAAUCUCUCAGCCAAAGAAUUGAAGAAAAUGCUUAGUAAGCAAAGAAGAGCACAGAAGAAGGCAAAACUUGAAGAAGAAAGAAAGCAUGCAGAAAGAGAACGACAGCAAAAAAAUCAAAAGAAAAAGAGGGAUGAAGAGGAGGAGGAAACUAGUGGACCCAGGGAAGAGUUGGUUCCUGAAAAACUGGAAAGGGUAGAAAAUCCAUUAGAAGAAGCCAUUAAGUUCCUUAUACCACUUAAGAAUCUUAUUGGAGAUGAUAUAGAAACACACUUAUUAGCAUUUGAAAUAUACUUUAGAAAAGGAAAGUUUCUGUUAAUGUUACAGUCUGUCAAAAGAGCUUUUGCUAUCGACAGGAAUAACCCAUGGCUACAUGAGUGCUUGAUUAAAUUCUCUAAAGCUGUGUCUGACCAUAGUAACCUCCCAGAAAUUGUGAGCAAGGUCCUAACACAAGAAAUGCAGAAAAUAUUUGUUAAUAAAAACCUGGAGAGUUUUAAUGAAGAAUUUCUCAAACACAAUGCUACCUCCAUUCAGCACCAGCUGUCAGGUGCAAAGAUGAUGUAUUUCCUGGACAAAUCAAGACAAGAAAAGGCAAUUGCUGUUGCAACUAGAUUGGAUAAAAACAUGAGAGACAAAAAUGUGAAGACAUUAACGAAGGUUUUUGAGGCGUUGCUUGAUGGCAGUUUUGGAAGCUGCCAUGCUCAAUGUGAAGAAUAUCAAGCAGCAUGUCAUAAACUGUUUCCUUUUACAUCUGCCUUCAUGCCUGCCACAAACGAAGACAACAGCAGCAUUGCAUCUGUGAAUCACACGGCCAUUAACCAUGAUUUGCUGUCCAAUGAAAUCUGAAGUAGUGUGUGCAAGCCCCUGUGUGUGUGUGUGUGUAUACCUACAUGCACACAUGUGUAUGAAACUCUGACUCUCAUUACAUGCUGGCUGGAUACAGAUCAGGGUUACUUUUCCAGGUUGUAUUUUAAUAUCUUUAACAGGUAUCUAAAACAAAAUAUUUGGAUAGUUAAAUGGAGUAUGCUAUUAGGGUUUUUUUCCUCCCAAUGAAAACUGCCAAUAUUUAUGUAAACAUCUUUAAUCAGCAUUUUUCAUGUUUAUACUUGUACAGGUUUAAGUCUUUUAAUAAUUCAUCAGCCCUCCCUCACAAUAAUAUGGAUAUUAAAGACUGCUUUCACUUAAGUGUUGUUACAUAUGCAGAUAUAUGUGAACAUAUCUUGUUAAUAAAUUAUCAUUUGAGAGUUUUUAGCAGAUUAAGACUGAAGUGCUGCUUGAAUUGCCCUCUUUGUCUUUACUGUUCUUUAGGGGUUUUUUUCUGGAUUGUUUUGGUUGGAUUUCUUUUUUAAUCUUUGGUCAGUUUGGUUUCUUUUGAAGCACAGCAACAAUGAAAGCAUUGGGGGGGGUUGCAUGUUUUUGUCAGGUGUGUGUCUUAUAUGGAACCAGUGUUGACAGAUAUGAAGAUUAGGUUUGUGUAAAAAACCCAAACCAACAAAUAUCUAAGGCUUUUUGAAACCUAUUCCCUCUAUCUUGUGUUCCAUAGCUAUCGUUUCCUUAGUUUUAUGGUCAGUUUAACAUUUUAAGGUUUUAAUAUCCUGAAGCAAUUCCCUGAGAAGACAUAAUGAAUUUGAAUACUGUUGUUUGUCCUUUGUUCCAUCUCCCCUUUCCUCUUCUUUCUUCUGGUUUCUCCCCAUUUGUUCACCUAUUGACACUUAGGAUGAAAAAGCUGCUCCAAUUUUGUGCAAGUGCAGAAGGUACAGUAAUGGGGAAUACAGUUUUUCUCUACAUCAUAAAGACUCACUGGUGGGUGUGCUGUAUUACCUCCAUUAAAAGUCUUAGUUGUCUACUUAAGUAUUAUGGCCAAUACUCCAGAAUUUCUCCUGCCUAAAUGCUAUUGCUGUAGGUGCUGAAAGGCAAAACAGAGAAAUAUGUUUUACAUUUUAAAACUGUUUAAGGGAGCACAAAGAGGCUGACUAUAAAUCAUAAUGAACCUUUUUCUUACUUUGUAUUCUGGUGCAUUAACUAUUAAAUAUACAACACAUCAAAAUGGAAGUUUAAAUCUAAUAUACCUAUUUAAAGCAUAGCAUUGCUAGACAAAAUGGCUACAUAUCACAUGACAGCUUUACAUUCUAUAAAGACUGCUAUCAAAACAUAAUUAUACUGUGGCUUGUACAGAAAAUUUCUGGAAACCGUAAUGGAAUUAUUCAAUCUCGGUUUGUUUUUAUUUCACUGCAAUGUAAAUAAUUUCAGUAAUAUUAACUAGCCCCUCAAAGGCAAAUACCAGUUCAUGAAGAGGGGAUUUUAUUAAGACAAAUAAACUGUUCUAAUUAAAAUUCUCCUUUGUGUGUCAUCUGUUUAGAUUAAAAAAAAUGUUGAAUGGAAAUUUCACUGUAAGAUAUUGCCAACAUGUUAUGCUGUAAUAAAUUAUUUUGUACACA